CUGCCUACCUUGCUGGAUGUCCAAGGAGAGGCAAGGUGGCAAAAUUUGGGUUCCCUUUUGCCCCUAUUUCCCCCUUUUCAGUUAAAGAAAAGUCCAACAACAUUCAGGAAGGUCUCAUCUCUCAUGCAUAACUAAUCUUGUAACCUUCUGCACUGACCACUUUGCCCCUUGCUGCACAACACGGGGGCCUUCUUCCUCUGAUGCACAUGCUGACAUCUGUUUGCUUCUAGACAUCCUCCAAGAAUCAGUUUCUCUUUUCGCCUUUCCAUAAAUACGUCCACAUCAUUGGUUCUGAUCCUUUGUCAUCUGCAACUGCAAGAUAUAGCAGAGCUGCAGAGGGCACUGCCAGGAGCACCGAUGGAUCAGGGGAUGGAGCUGAGGGGAUGCGUUUGUCGGAUCAAGAGCUCGGCACUUGAGCUUCUGUCCAUGGAGGAGGAUCUGACGACUGAUCUGGAUGAUGACCUGUGGGAUUUGGUCAGGAGGGAUCUCCAGCUAAAGGCCACCUUCCUGUACAUUGACCUGAACCGUGUGAUUGCCUGCAACGAGUGCGAGGAGCGCAGGGAGGAGAUCACCCUUCUCGCCAACGAUUUCUUCUACUUCAUGGAUGAGGUCAACAAAAGCCAGCCAGAUCAUCCAGAUAUAAACGAAUUACAAACUGCAGAUCAAUGCUUGUGCACCAUUAAUCAAGGUCUUCUGGUUCUUGACUUUUGACUAGCAUUCGCCAAUAAACUGAAGUUGGAGCAUAAUUUAAGUCUAGGGAGUAGAAUUAAUGCUCCUAUGCCUUACUGGGUAAUUAGUCAUGGUCAAACUUGGAAAGCUCAAAGGGCCCUUGUGUAGACAACACAAUAAACUAGUUGACUUUGUGGGUGCGUUUGAUGAUUUGAUUUGACACCCUUUGUGACAAUGGGUCACCUUUCAAUAAAACCAGGUGGGAAAAUCCCCCCGUUGUUUGCUCAAAAAAAAAUGAUUUGAUUUGACGCUGAAACUGCUCUUGGAUAAAU